AUGAAUCAGCACGAGCGAAAGAAGGCCUACUGGGAGGAGCUCGAGCUGCGUCGCCGGAGCUUCUACCGCCGGAACCCGCAUUUCCUCUACUGCGGCACGUGCUACGAGGACGCCUACGGGUUCCCCGUCCCUCAGCCCUACGCGUCCUGGCACUCCCUCGCUCCUGCGCCGCACGCAAGGCCAUGGAGCGGCGGGACGGGGGGCGUGGAGGAGGAAGAACCCAGCAGCCCCCGCCCCCUGCUGAACGGCCAGGAGGAGCCGGCGGGGGAGUGGAGGUGGCUGCCGUGGAGGAGGGGGGCGGGGGCGCUGCCGCCGCCGCCGCCGCCGCAAGGGGGCGCUGAGGGGGCGCCGCUGGUGGAGCGGGUGUACCAUUCGCUGAGGGAGAGGCCGCUGCCGCAUGGGAGAGGGGGUCAGCGGUCGUUCUCCAGUGCGGGCACCUCGACUAACAGGCCGACUAACAGGCCUUUGUACGACCAAAGGCACCCAGACGCACCAACAUUCGCCCCAUCCAUAAGCCGCGGAGUGGGCAUCCCCUACCCCGGCCCCCCCGCCUACCCCCUGGGCCCCCCACCCCCCUACCAGGGCACCCCCCUCCGCCCCCCACCGGGAUCUAGUCACCCCCAGGGAUCUAGUCAGGACCGGGACGAGGGGCCCGCCGCGUUCGGCUCCCUUCCGGCGAGGCGGUCCCAGCGCGUCCAGCGCCCUCCGCCUCUCCGGGCCAAGCCCAUUCAGCUCAGGGAACCGGUGCCAGGCCGAGCCCAGCAGGAGCAGCCGCGCCGGAGGAACGAGACGAUUCCGGAGAGCCAGGAGCCGGUGCAACCGCAGCAACCUCGGCAGCCGCGGCAACCCCCGUGCCCCGCGAAGGCGACCUCGAGCAGCGACUCCCAGCCCUCUAGUCCGCGCUCGAGUCGCUCCACCUCCCCGAGCCUCACGGCCACCGACGCGGAGGUGGCCUCCUUCUUCGCCCACGAGACCCGCGCCCCCACCGCCGACUAUUCGCGCUCGCUCCCGAACAUCAAUCUGAUCCUGGAUGCGACCAGGAACAAGAGCGACAGCGGGCACGGCAGCAGUCACGACGAGACCAACUAUGCGAUGAGCGAGAGCGGCUCGUCGAACGGAUACAAUAACAACAAUUGCGGUCGGGACUCCUACAAUCAACCUCAGGACUCCUACAACCAGCCCCAGGACCCCCACAAGCCCGGUCCGGACCCCUACGGCACCCGAGUGACCUACAUCCGCUGCGACCCGAACGGCAACCGCCAACUGCGCCUCCCCCUCGACGCCCCCGAGGUCCUCCUCGCCCCCGCCCGCGUCGGCAAGCGCCCCCACCGCCCCGUCACGGAAUCGGAAUCUCUGGUGGAACUCCGGCCGCCCCGGCCGGCGAAGCGUAACGCGUCCCAUCCGAGCACCCCGGACGACGUCGUCUUCGCGUCCACUCGCGGCCAGAUGGAACUCUCGCGGCCUCACGCCCCCGACAUCAUCUUCAAGUUCAAGUCCAUUCACGUAUGAUAGAUACCCACCCAGUACAAAAAUUUAUGAUCGUUUAUAAAGAAUCCCUUC